UAUAGAAACGAAAUGGUCGUAUAACCUUAAACAAAAAAAGUAAGACCAAGAAAAAUUCUAAAUUAAAAGUGAAUGAAUGCCCAAAAUCGUAGGAAAAAAUCUAAGGCAAUUGUAGAGAAACGUAAAAUGAAAGACUUUCUCCGGAAGAUGAAAUUUUUUUUUGAUUUGGUAAUCAAUUUUGAAUAUUGUCACAUAAGAUACAUAUUGUAUCUGGCAUUCGGGUUGAUACUGUCAAUUAUUCUUUGGAGAGGCAUCAUUAUAAUUUUUAGACGGGUCUGUAAUUCUCAAGCAACAUCAAAAAAAGUUUGGAAUAUCCCAGAAAAUUUAGAAAGUCAUAUGGAAAAAAAUAUAAUUUCUCAAAUAGAUAAGAAAAGUGACGAUAACGACCUAAUUCGCACGAGGAAGCAAAAAAAUACAGAAGACCCUGACAACAUUGAUUAUUAACUACUGUAUCAUCAAGAAUUAGUUCGAAAAUAACUAAAAGAAAAAGAAUGCAGCAAACUAACCUUUGAUCAAUCGAAAAAUGUAGAUCCUUUUUUCUAAAAGUGUUUAGAAAAAAUCAAAUCCACCAGCACAAAAUUCCUAAAUUGAAAUCGUGAGUGACUUUUUUUAUUACCGUCAAUCGGUAAUUAUGUGAAGUAAACAAGAAAUGGAUUUGAAUAUUAGGCCGUCACCUGAAAUACAAUUUUUGGAAAAAUGAAAGACCAUAUUUUUGACAUUUUGCAGAAGAAUACGUUUCCGGACAAGGCCGUGCAAGGGUUUUUGUGUAAUGUUGAACGAGACAAAGCGAAAGACGUGGAAAUUCUUCGAGCGGAAACUGAAACAGCAGAAAAUAUGAAAAAUAUGGAUCCAGUUCUCCGUGAACUAAAAUUGGAUCGUCAUAAUACCCAGAUUCCAAUAGGCGAUGUCAAGGGUUGUUUUCGUACAAGUAAAAUCUAUCAUUUACAGCUGCCAUUCGGCUUGAUACAAGAAAAGGGGAAAAUGGGAGAAAAACUGUGAAGCACGUGAAAAAUAAAUACGGACUUUGAUUUUUUAUAGACCCUUCCGAGAAUGGACGCAACGCCACAG